GGAGUCUCGCGAGAACAGCAAACCCAGCGGAUUGUUGCCAGGCGACGCCAUCUUGACAAGGCUGUAGUGCGGGACGCGGCGGGGCGUUUGGUAUUCGGUCCUCAAGAUGAUGCACACUUAUGCCAAAAAUACUGCCUGAACUGGCUUUGUUCAGAGGCUUUGGCCUAGACAAGACUGCCAGCCCAACUGGCCGGAUAAGGACCAACCUCUGUGCCAGUAGUGUGAAUUGUGCAGCUUGAUUCUAAGCUUGGUCAGGCAAAAAUUAAAGGAAUGUUUCUGACUCUGGUGCUACUUCGAAACAAAAUUCCUGGGCAUCAAUGGAUUGGCAAGCACAGACGGCCAAGGGAGGUUACCAUGGAAAUGAAAUGCAAGAUGAUUAAAAUGUUGGAAAUUGAAGCUGAAAAUGAAUAUUGGCUGAGCCGGCCAUACAUGACUAGAGAGCAGGAGUAUCGCCAUAACGAGGAGCGUAGGCAGGCAUCAACAGAAGCAAUAAGAGCUGCACGAAGGUCUAAUUUUCCUGAGCACAAGUAUGCCACAGAACACCUAAACCAUCUUAAUGUGACCAAGAAAUGGGAAAGCUCUUAAGUACCAGUUUAUUGAACUCUGUUCUCUGAUCAGUUGUUACAUCUGAUGCUAGCAACAAUAAUCAGUAAAGCUUGUUAACAAA